GAGCUGUGACCCUGCCAGCAACCUCCAGCCAUGCGGAUCCUGCCUCUCCUCUCUGCUCUCCUCCUUCUGGUGCUCCAGGGAGCAGCAGGGCUGUCCCUUGCUCGUGGAUCACCCCAGGACUGUGAGCGCCGCGGGGGCUUCUGCUCUCCCAGAUCAUGCCCGCCAGGGAUCGGUCGCAUUGGCCUUUGCUCUGAGCACGACUUCUGCUGUCGUAGAUGGUAUCCAUGAUGGGCUCCUGAGUCUGUAGCACCAAUCUCCAAGUAGCCCUCUGAGACCGGUCUCCACGGUGGUGGUGGUGGUGCUGCACGGAGGCACCACAGAGCACCAGGAGCAGUGGUGGCCUUGGACAGCCCAACCUCCUUCCUGUGGGAAUCCCUCACCCUAGCA